AUGUCCGAGGCUCAGGUGUACGUGCCCGAUGCCGACGCGGCGUGGGCGCGGGCCUCGGUGCUCAGCGCCGUCGGGGGCACGGUGUACGAGGUGCGCAUCGACGGCGUCGACGACAACGACGAGUCCGGCCAGAGCGACUGGGGAGCGGGGGAAGUGCGGAGGGUUGACUUAGCAGGCCCGGAGUUCGGGGCCAAGAGGAAAAGCGCGGCCGUCGAGAGCAGCCUGCCGCUUCAGAACCUCGGGUUGCCGGACGAUGGGGUAGAGGACAUGACGAGGCUCGACUACCUGCACGAGCCGGCCAUCCUGUUCAACCUCCGCAGGCGUUUCUUUCGGGCGAUGCCGUACACCUACACAGGGGAGAUCGUCAUUGCGUGCAAUCCCUACCGGUGGCUAGAUUUGUACGGCGAGGAGCGAAGAAAGCAGUACGCUGGCAUGGUCCGGGGGGAGAGAUCUCGGCUUCCCCCCCACGUGUACUCCACCAGCGCUGUGGCUUUCGCGGGUCUCUCCAAGGACCGGGAGAACCAGAGCAUCCUCGUCAGCGGGGAGUCCGGUGCGGGAAAAACGGAGACCGUGAAGAUCCUCAUGGGGCAUCUCGCCGUCGCCAGCAGCGCUGUUUAUGAAGAUGAGGGGGGAGGGGGCGUCGAGGCCGGCGGUGGCGGGGAGGGUGGUGGUGGGAACGAUGACGUCAUUCGAAAGAUCAUCGAGUCCAACCCGCUACUCGAGAGCUUCGGGAACGCGCAGACAACACGCAACGACAACAGCAGUCGGCAGGCUGCACGAUGGCUUCGAAGGAGGAUGAUUCUAGCCGCCCCCGAGGAGGCCAAGGCCAGGCUGGGCUUGGCGGGGAAGCAGGCCCUAGACUUCCGGUAUCUCACCGCAGACGGGAAGGAGGCGGACAGCGUUAUCGAGGGGAGGACGGACGCCCAGAGGUACGACAUGACGACGGCGGCGUUGGGUCUGAUCGGCGUUAGCGAGGAGGAGACGCUCGCUCUGUUCAGGGCUCUGGCGGGUGUUCUCUUUCUUGGUCAGGUGGACUUCACCAAGCGGGGCGGAGAUGAGGACAAGUCCGAGGUGGUCGACCAAGAGGCCCUCCUGCCCCCGUCCACCCUCCUCGGCUUCGACGGCCAAGGGCAAGAAGCGGGCGCGGCGCUGGACUCGUCCCUCUGCUACCGGACCAUCCGCGCCCGGAAUGACGUCCUGCGCGCGGACAGCAGCCCGGCGCAGGCGGCCGACGCGCGAGACGCCAUGGCGAAGGCCAUCUACGGCGGGCUCUUCGAGUGGCUGGUUGAGCGCAUCAAUCGGAGCACGGCGUCUUCUGCUCCGGACGCCAAUGGCCCCGGCGGGGCGGGGCCGGGCGCCAAGACUAGACACGCGGGCGAGGCCCUGGCGCCGGGCGGCACGGUAGCCCUCCUGGACAUCUUCGGCUUCGAGAGCUUCAAGGUCAACCGCUUUGAGCAGCUGUGCAUCAACUACGCGAACGAGAAGCUGCAGCAGAAGUUCACCCAGGACGUCUUCAAGAACGUGCAGGCGGAGUACGAAGAGGAGGGCAUCCCUUGGAGCCACGUUGACUUCUCGGACAACGCCGAGGUUCUGGGUUUGGUGGAGAGCAGGAUGGGCAUCAUCGCCGUGCUCAACGAGGAGUGCGUCCGGCCCAGGGGAGGCGACAACAGCUUUGUCAGCAAGCUGGCCACUCUCCAUGCGGACCACUCGGCGUUCGCGAGGGCCAAGCUUGCCGGCCCCUUUGAGUUCUCCGUGCGGCACUACGCCGGGGAGGUCUUGUACCACGCCGAAGGCUUCCUGGACAAGAACAGAGAUAGCGUCGGCGAGGCCUGCCGGGACUUGCUGACCAAGAGCUCGGUGCCAUUGAUCGCCAAAGUAUUUGCUCCGGAUCCCGGCUCCGCGGAAGGGGACAGUGGGGGGGGCGGGGGGGCGUCACGAAAAAAGUCUUCGAUGGCCACCAAUACCCUCGCAACAAAGUUCAAGGGCAGCUUGACAACGCUCAUGGACACGAUCGGACUCACUUCGGUGCAGUACGUGCGGUGCAUCAAGCCUAACGCGGCUAAGCUUCCCGGCCGGAUGGAAAACGCGAAGGUUGCGGAGCAACUUCGGUGCGCCGGAGUCGUGGAGGCGAUCCGUAUAUCUAGAGCAGCGUACCCUAACCGCAUGGCGAGGACGGAUUUCAACAAGAGGUUUGCCCUCCUCGGUGCGGGGGUCAGCAGAGGGGAGGGAGACAUGGCCAUCUGCACGUCUCUCCUGGGGAAGCUUCUACCGCGAGAAGGAGGAGAGGACGCCCCCCUCCGGUACGAGAUGGGUCGCACCAAGGUCUACUUCCGCAAGGGAGCCCUGGAGCACCUAGAGUCGCUUCGGCUGGAGGAGCGUUCGUCGAGAGUGACGGUGCUGCAGGCGGUGGCGAGAAUGUUCCCCAGGAAGAAACGGUACAGGGACCUGAGGGAAGGCGCGGUGAGGGCGCAGGCGGAGUGGAGGAGGGUCGCGGAGAGGAGGCGGUUCCUGACGGCGAGGGGACGGGUGAUCAGGGCUCAGAGUUGCUGGAGGAGGGUGAAGGCCGCCAAGGUGGUCCUGGCGAUGAGACGACACCGGGCGGCGUCGUGCCUGCAGGCGUACCGGAGGAUGCUGGUCGCGCGAAGACGUUUCGCCGCCUUGCAAGGCGCGGCGGUGGCGGUGCAGACGUUCGUGCGAGGGGCGCAGGCCCGGCGCAACUACGCCGUACUGGUGGUGGAACACCGCGAGGCGGCGAAGCUGGAGAACCAGAUCCUGGCGUUGCAAAGGAAACUCGACGAGGAGCGGAAGGCCCGCCUCAAGAUGGAAGAGGACCACAAGCAGUUUGCUCUCGAGGCGGCGGCGUCCAGGCAGCAGCAGCAGCAGCAGCAGUCGGCGGCAUCCUCGAAGCAAGCGCUGCAACUCCCCGGACCUCUCUCUCCGGAGGAAGCCGCCAAGAUGGCCCAGCAAGCACGGGGAGGACCAAGGUGUGUGUCAUGCUUGUUUUCCGUGUAG